CACCAAAAUCCGAACCCAAAAUCCGAACUACGGAGAUAAGCCAUUAACCAGUUCUCGGCUCUUCCUCACUCCGCGCACACUUCUCUCCUCCUCCGCCGCCGCCGCCGCCGCCGCAGCAGCAUCCAUGGCCUCUCUCUCCCUCUCCUCUCCCCUUAAACCCUACCCCCUCCCCAUCUCCUCCUCCCCUCAAACCCUAAAACCUCGCUCGCUCUCCUAUCCCGCAUCCCCCUCUCUCCGCGUCCGCGCCCUCGUCUCCUCCUCCCCCACUAAGCCCUUCUCCUCCCACGCCGGAGACGUCGGAUUGGGGUUAGGGUUUGGGGCCGGCCCCGCGAUCUCGCCGCUCGAUUCGGCGCCCCAGACUCCGGCGACGGCGAUGAGGGGGGCGGAGUCGGACGUGAUGGGGCUGCUGCUGAAGGAGCGGAUCGUCUUCCUCGGGAGCGGCAUCGACGACUUCGUCGCCGACGCCAUCAUCAGCCAACUCCUCCUCCUCGACGCCCAGGAUCCGACCAAGGACAUCCGCCUCUUCAUCAAUUCCCCCGGCGGCUCGCUCAGUGCGACAAUGGCCAUCUACGAUGUAGUCCAGCUCGUGAGGGCCGAUGUCUCAACCGUUGCCCUCGGCAUCGCCGCAUCUACGUCUUCUAUUAUCCUUGGGGCUGGCACUAAGGGCAAGCGGUUCGCGAUGCCGAACACCCGCAUAAUGAUCCACCAGCCCCUUGGUGGCGCCAGUGGUCAAGCCAUUGAUGUGGAGAUCCAAGCAAAAGAGAUCAUGCACAACAAGAACAACAUGAUCAGGAUUAUUGCGGGUUUUACGGGCCGCACGUUUGAGCAGGUCCAGAAGGAUAUCGAUAGGGAUCGGUAUAUGGGCCCAAUCGAGGCAGUUGAAUACGGGAUCAUCGAUGGAGUGAUCGAUCAGGAUUCAAUUAUUCCACUUCAGCCUGUUCCAGAGAAGGUGAAGCCAAGAUUGAAUUACGAGGAAAUUAGUAAAGAUCCAAGCAAGUUUUUAAGGCCAGAGAUCCCUGAUGACGAGAUAUACUAAACUAGUUAUUUGUCACAAACCCCCCCCACCACCACCCCACAACCAAAAAAUUGAUCUCUGUUGUAUUUCCUGAUUGCAUUUAAUUAGCUUACUUUUGAUAAAAAUACUAGAACAAAUCUAAGAUCACUGAGAUAUUAGUGUCUUCAGCUUUGAUUGAACAAUGCUAUUCUUUUUACGACUUUGGCA